AAAUCCCAGGAAAAUAACAAAAACAUUCAGACACCCUCUUCUUCAUUCUCUCUCCUCUGUAUGGAUCUAUUCAUCCCUUUUUCUUUCUCUCUCUAAUUUUCUCUCUCCUAUUUUUUGAUCCAAACUGCUGAUCCUCUUCUUCUUCUGGAUGAAAUCGGCUGUUUUUUGUCUGUAGACGUCGCAUUUGAUCGAUGAAUGAGUGAUUUAAGUUGAAUUAAACGACUUGAACGAGCAUGGCUUCCGUAGGCGUUGCACCUACUUCUGUUAUUAGAGACUCUAGCAGUCAUGGUGUUGAUAGGCUUCCCGAGGAAAUGAAUGACAUGAAGAUUAGAGAUGAUAAGGACAUGGAACCGACAGUUGUUGAUGGUAAUGGCACCGAAACUGGGCAUAUAAUAGUGACAACAAUCGGUGGGAAGAAUGGCCAACCAAAGCAGACUAUUAGCUACAUGGCAGAACGUGUAGUCGGACAUGGAUCUUUUGGGGUUGUCUUUCAGGCAAAGUGCUUAGAAACAGGGGAAACUGUGGCCAUAAAGAAGGUUCUUCAGGACAAGAGGUACAAAAACCGUGAGUUGCAGACAAUGCGUCUUCUUGACCACCCAAAUGUCGUGUCCCUGAAACAUUGUUUCUUUUCAACAACGGAUAAGGAUGAAUUGUACCUUAAUUUGGUGCUUGAGUAUGUCCCGGAAACUGUCCAUCGAGUGAUUAAGCACUAUAAUAAAAUGAACCAGAGGAUGCCUCUGAUUUAUGUAAAAUUAUACACAUAUCAGAUUUUCAGAGCUUUGUCAUACAUCCAUCGCAGCAUUGGUGUAUGUCAUCGUGAUAUUAAGCCUCAAAAUCUCCUAGUAAAUCCUCAUACGCAUCAGCUUAAGCUUUGUGACUUUGGAAGCGCAAAAGUUCUGAUAAAAGGCGAACCUAACAUAUCAUAUAUCUGCUCUAGAUACUAUAGAGCACCAGAGCUAAUAUUUGGAGCAACAGAAUACACCACAGCUAUUGACAUCUGGUCUGCUGGCUGUGUGCUUGCGGAACUGCUUCUUGGACAGCCGCUAUUCCCUGGUGAGAGUGGAGUUGAUCAGCUUGUUGAGAUUAUUAAGGUUUUGGGUACCCCAACACGAGAGGAAAUUAAAUGUAUGAACCCCAACUACACGGAAUUCAAAUUCCCCCAAAUUAAAGCUCAUCCAUGGCACAAGAUAUUCCACAAACGAAUGCCUCCUGAGGCCGUUGAUUUGGUUUCUAGGCUACUUCAGUAUUCACCUAACCUACGGUGUUCAGCUCUGGAUGCCUUGACUCAUCCCUUUUUUGACGAGCUUAGAGACCCAAACACCCGCUUGCCAAAUUCACGCUUUCUUCCACCGUUGUUUAACUUCAAGCCUCAUGAGUUGAAAGGGGUGCUCCCAGAAACAGUUGUCAGAUUGAUCCCUGAGCACGCGAGGAAGCAAUGUCCAUUCCUUGGAUUGUGAAAUCAAAUUCGUCGAGAUUAUGAAGAUCAGCAAAAAUCAUUACUAUUGUGGAAAAUGUGGUUUGUUAUAAUUAAUCUAUGAGAGUAUCUGUUCCUUUUACAUAUUUAUGGUACACCCCCCUUCUGUGUUAGCAUCUUUUUUCCUUAUCCUAUGUUGUAAAAGCAGCUUUUAAAGAGAAAAAUGAACACUUGCAUGCAAAUCCUGCACAAGACCUGAA